AUGUCGAACUUCGUGGCAUAUCGAUCGUACGACAGUGCACACCUUCAGACGUACGCGGACCUGAAGCAGGCGCUCCGCGAGGGGAAACACGUCACGGUCCUCAGCUUCGGCGAGAGAUGUGAGGGGAUCCCACCGGGAUUCGCCUACGCGCAGGGCGGCAGUUAUCACCUCCAGGUCCUCAUGGUCAAAGACAACGAGACCCAGGCCGAGCACAUGCGCCUGGAGUACACCAUCGUGGGGCUCAGCCAGACGACGACUGUGCCCACCCACAUCACCGUCAAGUUCGCUGUCUUUCCGGAUGGGAGAGUGGACGUCAUCACCCACGCGUUCAACAUGCUCACGUGGGAAGACGAAUAUCCGUUUCCUGGGGGGUUCCAAUGCGCUCUCGAGGACUCCAUCCGCUUCCAGCAUCGCAGCGCGGAACAAUACGACACGUAUUUGAGCUUCGCUGAGGCCCAGGCUGCCCUCCUGGAGGGCAGGGAGCUGCAGGUCGCCAUGUUAGGGGAGGGAUGCACGAGCGGACCACGCCAUCAGGAGCGAAUCGAGGUCACGGACCUCCUUUCAUCUCGGGUCCUGAGGUGGCAGGAGACCGUGGAAGGUGAUGGGUCUCGUGCCAUCCACGCCUCACAAGUUCAUGCAGCCGAUGCGAAUUUCUUGGUCGUGCUGGAUUACACGCUGAAAGACGACGAGCGGUUGUACGUGUCGGAGUCGGUGUACGAGCCAGCUUCAGGGAACGGCCAAUUGGAAGUGACGCACGUGUGCGAUAUGGGGACGGGGGCCCUCGUCACCGCUCCCACUCGGGGCAGUACUCAGAUCCAGACGUUCUCGGAGCUGUUCUUAGCCACGGCGGAGGGUUACCACAUCGAGGCGAGGGUGAUCUACGACGCCUGCGGCGAUCCGACUGGAGGCGGGGCCGACUUCGCUGGGGUCAACGCUGGCGCGUACCUCGUUCAGGCUUCUUUCCCCAACGCCAUGACGACGGAAGUCAAGUACAUCAGCACGGCAUACUGGGUGACGACGGAUUCCUACGACGGCGGCCUGGCCUUCUAUUCCCUCUCGGUCGAGAUGGACCUCAACAACCUGGCCACCGUGAGACCAGGUCUGUGGGCGUGGAGGGAUGGCAACUGGACCAAUGACUACGGGGAUCUCUAUUUCGAAUGCGCGAUUCAGGAAGGGAUCAUCUUCUAUGCCACGAGCGUCGACUGAAGCCCUGUGCUCCCUCUAUGCCAUAUCGUUAAUCAUGGCGAAUAAAGGAAGUUGCCGCGCA